AUCCGGAAGUGAAUGUAAUGAAGGGGUGCCACUUGGCGGCCAUGGCUGCUGUAGUAUCGGUAGCUCCGGGUCAAAGCCCAGUGGAGUGGAGUAAUAUGGACAGCACCGGGUAUAGGGCAGAAACAGCUUUGUAUCGGAUUCGCUGCUGAACCCCUAAGACCCAUCGUUAGAGACUUACUGGACUCCUUUCCUUCUAGACUCGGAGGAGAGUUUGCCGAGACUGGUGGGCUGGUCCCAGCCUGAGGGGAUCAUUGGCAGGGUGGCCCAAAGAGCUAGGGUUGCCGAGAGAACGAACAAGUUCGCUUGGGUUUUCCUCCUCCUUUCUGCUGCCACCUUCAACGUUGUCUGUGAAAGAGUGGGCCCGUUGUGCCACCCUCAUUCCGACCAUUGAAGAAAUCGCUCAUUCGUGUAUUUUCCCCAUUGACUUUGCCAUCUUUGUUAAGCCAGCGGAAUCCAGUGACUGGCAUCUGAAAACCCAGGGGCGGAGACCUAAGAUUGCUGAAAGUUCUCUCUGGUGCUAAUAUCAGCAUAAGGGGCUGUUUCCAGGUACGUUCAAUAGAAAGGUGCCUCGUGAACACAUCUGCUGGUUGGGAGAACCAAAGAACUGGAAAGUCCCUCUUGUUCCCCUGGAAUCACCACACGCAUUUAAGAACCUUUGAAGCCACUGAAAAUUUGUAGUCUGGUGGUGGUGGGUGAAUAAAGGAAGGCAGAAUGGAUGAUUUCAUCUCCAUUAGUCUGCUGUCUUUGUCUAUGUUGGUGGGAUGUUACGUGGCUGGAAUCAUUCCCUUGGCUGUUAAUUUCUCGGAGGAACGACUAAAGCUGGUGACAGUUUUGGGUGCUGGCCUUCUCUGUGGAACUGCACUGGCAGUCAUCGUGCCUGAAGGAGUACACGCACUUUACGAAGAUAUUCUUGAGGGGAAACACCACCAAGGGAGUGAAACACAGAAUGUGAUUGCAUCAGACAAAGCAGCGGAAGUACCAGUUGUGCAUGAGCAUGAGCACAGCCAUGACCACACACAGCUGCAUGCCUACAUUGGUGUUUCCCUCGUACUGGGCUUUGUUUUCAUGUUGCUGGUGGACCAGAUUGGCAGUUCCCAUGUGCAUUCUACUGAUGAUCCAGAAGCAGCAAGGUCUAGCAACUCCAAAAUCACCACCACGCUGGGUCUGGUCGUCCAUGCUGCAGCUGAUGGUGUUGCAUUGGGAGCAGCAGCUUCUACGUCACAGACUAGUGUUCAGUUAAUUGUGUUUGUGGCAAUAAUGCUACAUAAGGCACCAGCUGCUUUCGGUCUGGUUUCGUUCUUAAUGCAUGCCGGCCUAGAGCGGAAUCGAAUCAGAAAGCACUUACUGGUCUUUGCACUGGCAGCACCAGUUAUGUCCAUGGUGACUUUUUUAGGACUAAGUAAGAGCAGUAAAGAAGCCCUUUCAGAGGUCAAUGCCACUGGAGUGGCCAUGCUUUUCUCUGCCGGGACAUUUCUUUAUGUUGCCACAGUACACGUCCUCCCUGAGGUGGGCGGAAUGGGGCACAGUCACAAACCCGACCCCACUGGAGGGAGAGGCCUCAGCCGCCUGGAGGUGGCAGCCCUGGUCCUGGGUUGCCUCAUCCCACUCAUCCUGUCAGUAGGGCACCAGCAUUAAACGUUCAGGUUCCAGCCGCAGCCGUGGCCGUUUGCCAUCCAGUGAGGACAGCCAGCACACGACAGCUACUCACUUUCUCAGUCUCUCGUCUCACCUUGCCCAUCUCCACCUGUAUUCCUAGCAUCCGGAGGGAGGUGAGAUUCAAAUCUGGAGUUAACGGAAAGCUUUUAGAGUAGAAACAACACAUUGCGAGUGGGCACAGACAUUCCAUUGUGUUGUCUUUUAAAGGGCCCUGGGCAUUUUGAGUUUUGAUGUUUCUCUUAACCCUAUUCUCAGGGAAGAUGGAAUUCAGUUUUAAGGAAAAGUGGAGAACUUUUUGUACUCACAAUGAAAUAGUAAUUAAGACAGUACAGUGUUCUGUAAUUAAGCUAAAUCUCUUAGUUUAGCGGCUCUGCCACUUUAUCCAUUGAUUUUUAACAUGGUUCUCGCCGUGUAAGACUGGUGCUUUAGCAUCUGUGCCACAUGCCUUGAUAGAAGGUCAUAAUGCCUGCUGUCUUAGAUGCUAAAGAUAACUGCAGUGAAUUUGGGGCGAGAGUCAAGAAAAUGAUGGCAAGACACCUUGAAAGCUGACUUUAUACUCGAGAGGUAUCAACUGGAAAGGGAUGUCUGGAGGACUCGAACUCCUUCUGCUCGUGCCUCCCUGAAGACGGCCUGCCGUUCCACCAGAUGGAGCAGCAGAGGCGGACUGGCUGCUGAAGAGGUGACUAGUGUUUAGUAGCGUUGCUUUUCAAGUUCUCCUUUGCAGAACUCCUGCCUCCAGCACAUUCUCCUGAGUGGCCAAGUGCUAGCAGGUUCAGGCCGAGGCUUUCCUUCAAGAACAGUCAGAUCCCAAAGUAUCUUUGGAGAUUAAGUGGUGUUUAAUUUUAAGUGAAUUUGGAUACUUACUGACAUCUUUGUAAAAGCCUUUGUAAAAGUGAGGUUACCAAACCUAUGUUGUCCUUUUUUUCUUUUUAAGUAUUUAUCUUAGCUGACCAGCAGUCCCUCUGGCAAAAUACGUGGUGUCUCUUGGGAGGUGCCAGGUCAGUGUCACCUCAGCACCUGCAGCAGUGAAGAAAGUCAAGAUGUGUCCCACCUGGCAAGUGUCCGCCUGUUCACUGAAAGCAUGUCUUUUGUCUCGUCGUCUUUCCCAUGCCUUUCUCCUCACAUUUCCCUCCACUCCCUCCUCCCUCCAGUUUGCUGCUUACUGCUGUGGCGAUGUUAAUAUUUAUAUGAGUUGAAUCCCCAUCAGGACAACCACUUCUGGAGCUAUGGUGACGAAGAUAAGAUUGUCUCUGUUCUUUACUCCCUUCAAGGAAGUUACCUUUGUGUCAAAUGCGGCUUUGAUAAGCCCUUAAAAUAGCACUCCCUCAGAGGUGAGAUGACACAGUCACUGAUAUUCUGGUAACUUACACAGUCGAGACAGUUAAAGUGUUUAACAAACUAGGAUGAUUUUUCCAUAUUUGCCAAUAUCCCUGUAAACCUUAUGUUAUCAGAUAAGUGUAUAAUGUUGUAUUAUUUAUUUUGAUUUUUGGUACCAUUUCAAAACAUAUGACAUAAAGAGGGAACCAAGACUAUUUUCUUCAGGGCAGUGGAUUUAGGAAUUUGUAAAAUGUUUUAUAUGACGCAUAUGCCAGCAUGCCUGUGAUUUCUUUAUUCCUUCUGAGUUAUCACUGGGUCAGCCGCUGUGGAACUAGAACUUGGGAGCCCUCUGCUGGCAGUAGACCAAAGUAGCAUAAGUGGGUGUAGGUUUUGUGUAGGGGCUGACGACCACUGCAUACAAUAUUGAAACCAACGAAAAACGCAAUGUGGCAAGUCUGAGUGACUUUCCUGUUAACAACACUGACUUCUGAGAGUCAUGGGGUUUCACCUGGUCCUUCAGAAUGACAUGGUUGCCUUGAUUCUCCCUGGGUGUUUUACUUUGUUAAAUGAAUAGCAUAUUUUAGUGUCUGGUUUGGACAGUAGCACUUUCUACCAUAUUGUUGUGUGCAAUGAUGAGAAAUUUGUUCUGCUGGCCAAAGCCUCUUUCAGCAGUGCCUUGCCAUCAUGCUUAAAGUUUGGCUAGAAUAUCUUGCUGGUUAAGGCCUUGAACUCUGGCAAGGAUUGAACCAUCUAACUUCUAAAUUUGCCUUCUUCUCUGGACCUCACGUUAACAGGCAAACCUUUCAAGGCUUAUCAGUUCUCCAAAGCUGUGGGCUUUCCCAGAUUUUAAAGCUGCUGGCUCAAGAGCUACUCUUUUCUCUCCUGGUCAGCAGACAGAAUAGCCAUACUAACCUAAUAGGGCUCAGAUGCAUCUUCAGGCAGCAGGGGCCGAGCCGCGCAGCCGAGGCCUCCCUUCCCUGGGGAAAGAACUUGCUCAUGGUGGGCGGUGUCCCAGGAGAGGCCACAUCGAUGGUCACUUAUUGGCACGUUUCAGUUCCGUUUUUGUCUUGUUUAAAACUGCCUCCUUAGAUGUGGAUGCCUUAAUGCUCUCAUACAUUUGAAAACAUUUGCGGUACUUAAGUGGCUGCCAUGAUUACAGAUGGAAUUAUUGGCUACCAAAGAUGCAAUUGAUGAUGAAAAGCAUACUCCUUCCUUCUUCAUGACCAAAGUUAAUUUUAAUUGCGAUUUGACUCCCUUUCCUUGGUGGGAUAGACAUUCUUCAGAUUCCCCAUACCCUCUUUAAUGGCAAAUUAAGUUGAAAAACACUACUGAUUCAUUCUCCUCAUUUGUUCUCCAGCGAAUUGCUAACCAGUCCCUGAUUCCCCCGUGCAGUGAUGUUCCAGGUCUGGUGGUUUUCCUGUGCACGCUAUUGCCAGAUUCCUUUCUUUAAGGCAAAAGUUCUGCACGGGAGUGUAGAGUUAGAAAUGGUACCACCUACAGAGGCUACACGUUCUCUCUUCCUACCCCACCCUAAAUCACCUUUUCAUUUCCCUACUCAAAUCAGCUGAGUCAGCCCUGUUCCUAUGUUUUGAAUCACCUUUAGAAAAAAAGAAAGAGUUGGCCAUUUUGAGUGGUCAGUUCUUUGUAGAAAGGAGAAAAUGUAAUUGUGUUUUCUACCGGCCUACUACUAAGUGUCCCUCCCUGCCUGGUUUUUCUUGUUUUCAAGGAUUAAAACUAGGAGGACACACCAGCAACGAGUGUAUUCAGCCCCUUAAGCACAUGGUAGCUAGUUACUGAACCCGGGAACUGUAUGUCAACAGCACAAGCCCCCAAAGAGUGUUCUUGCCCAUGGGGCCCGGGGCCCCUUGGGAGACCAAGAAUAAUGACCAGAUUUACCCAAAACUGCUACAAUGCCAGAUGAGAACCCCCUGUGGGUGUCCUACAGGGGAGCUUCCCUUGCAUUAGAAAAUUUCUGCUCAAUACAGAACGGUUCUCAUAACCCAAGGAGCACUGUUGGAGAUGCUAUACAGUUAAAACCAAUGGCAUGGCCUCUUUGAACCUGGGACAUCUAGGUUCACCUCAGGAGACCUGAGGGAAAUCUGUGACCUAUAGGAAAGGACAAGACAACCAUUAGGAAUUCUCUAGAUAUGCUCAGCCUAACACAAAGAGAUUGGCUUUGAUCUUUUUUCUGAUAGCAUCUUCUAGCGAGUCGGAAGUCUCAUGAGAUAACGCUGCAGUUCCCCUGGUUCAGUAGCCUGAACAGUGAUUUUAAAUGUCCCAUUUUCUGGAUCCUUUGUAAACAUGAAUCAUUCCAUGGAUGGCUGCCUUAUAAUUUUGUCUCUUUCCACUUUAAUUGUGAAUGGUUAAAAAAGUUUUUUUUGCUGUUUUCUGAUUUAUGAUAUUAAAUUUUUAGUGCAUA